AUGCCAUCCAUUGCGGUCGCCCCCGAGGCUCUCGAGGCAGCUCUCUCAGACACAGCCAAAGGCAAACUCGAAGCCCUGCAGCGCAAAUAUGAAGGACGGAACCAGAAUGCAGGCCUCGACAACCACAUCCGCGCGGCCAGUCAGCUCCUCAGCGACAUUGUCCAUCCCAUCAGCGUCGCCAAAGUCGAGCGCCGUCGAAAAUUCGAGAACUUGGUGGCUCGCGAGAAGGACAGAGGCGACCCCAUGGAUCCCGAGGAGCAUGCGCAACGGGAGGGCGAUGUCAACGAGUUCGAAGGCCGAGUAGAGGACAUCACCAAGAAGAUGGACACUGCGAUACGGCAAAUCAUCGACGACCGAGUAUGGCUAGAACAGUUGGGCCUCAAUCUCAAGCACAUCACUAGCCGAAACAAUACCAACAACGCCCGCUCAACACAAGCCACCCAGAGGACUACCCAACGCUCCAUCGUGCCCACACAAGACGCCACUCCUCGAGAUGACGACGACGACGAAGACGAGCCAGAAGAGAACAACGCCCCACCACCCUACGAAGAGACCCCAACGGCCCUCCUCUCAGCCGCACUCCUCACCCACACCACCACCCGCGACGCAAAAUCCCUCACCGACCGCUACGCCCACGACAAUGACUACGCCGGCUGUCCCCGCACCCGCACUCUGGUUCGCGCCGAGGAUGGCAACGCCCUCACUACCAACAACGCCGCAGACGACACGAUGGAGGUCGUCGGCGAGCGCGUCAGCGUCAAGUGCCCCAUGACAAUGCAGUACUUCAUUGACCCCGUCACGAGUGAUAUCUGUCGGCACAGCUACGAGAAGACGGCGAUACUGGACUACCUAAAAAUGUCGGAGGAUCGUGUACCGUAUACGCCUGAGCAGCAGGCUCAGCUGGAAGGGCUACGUGGGGCACCUCGCGCCAGUCUCGAGAGGAAGUUCCGCGUCCCACGCGUCAAGUGUCCCGUGGCAGGCUGCGACCAGCUUAUGCUGGAGAAAGACCUACGACCUGAUCCAUUCAUACGCAGCCAAGCCGUUCGAGCACAAGCAAAGAAAGAGGAGCAGAAGAGGAAAGACGCGGAGAGGGAGGCAAGGCGCGCUAAGAAAGCUAAGGCUGCUAAGCAGCGCAACAGGAGCGGUGAUGAUGAAGAUGACAUCUCCAAUGUCGAGGACUCGGACCCCAACGACUCCACGGAAGACGACUCCGACGACGACGAUGUCAUCGCAGGCACCCAGCGACGGCCGGUUGGGUUGGGAAGCAGUCCGGUUCCAGACCGGGGAGUUAGCGCGGCAAGGAAUGUCAAGAGAGAGGAAAUGUUCCGUAGCAGUGCAGCUGGUGGCAGUGGCAGAGGGAGAGUCAACGUGCAGAUACCUAGCAGUCAGCGAUCUCGGCGGCAGCAGUCACAGAGCGAGGUAGACGAGGACGGUGACGAGGCGGACGAGGAUGAUGACGACGAACAAGAAGAGGGCGACACGGAGAUGAGUGGAUGA